AUGGGUAAAUUCUUCGAUGUUAUACCUGAUAAUUUGAUACCGUGGAUCCAGGAACAGAGAUGCUUCUGGGUAGCAACGGCACCGCUCAGUGCGAACGGGCACAUCAACAUCUCACCCAAGGGUGUACUGGGAACUUUCAAGAUCAUAGACAACAAAACGUUCUUUUGGCAAGACUUGACCGGCUCAGAGCUGAGGGCACAUCUUUCAUUCGUAGGCGUGGAGACUGCUUCACACCUCCGGGAGAACCAACGAAUUACGGUGCUAUUCAACGCUUUUGAUGGGCCACCUCGGAUCGUUCGUCUUUUUGGAACUGGUCAAGUUCACGAACUCGGCUCGCCACGAUACAACGAACUUAUACCUCCCGAAGAAAGAAUCGUUGGCUCUCGGGCUGCCGUAGUGGUCAAUGUUCAUAAAGUUGGAUCUUCUUGCGGUUACUCGGUUCCACUUUACGAGCCUGCCGGAGAACGCACUCUAUUGCAGAGAAUCGCGGCACCACUUGAAGAAGCUGAUCGUUACUUUGCAAACAACCGAGGCGGGUCAAAGGAGUUUGAGGCAACAUCGACGCUUUCUCACUUUGACUUCAUUCCUUCUGAAUCUGACCCUUCCAAAGAUGAUCACACACCGAAAGGAAUAAAAGACUAUUGGAGCAAGCAUAAUAUCCGUUCUAUUGACGGACUACCUGCCAUGGUUUAUUCACGUAAACUAGCCGGAUUACCACCCGAAGCUGUAGAAGAGGACCAAAAGCUAUUUCACCAAGAUAUAAGUCACAGAAACUUUGCGAUCAAGCUAGCUGACAAGGCGUGCCAGAUCGCCGAAGUAAUUGGCGGUCCUGGAUUGAUUGUGGGGAUUGCUAUAGGAUUCACGCUAUCACGAAGUUGGACAGGAGUCUAUAGGUAA